AUGCAGCCCUCAGUGCUUCAGCGUGGCAGCCAGUCAGGGCCCCUCUACCCACUCAAUCGGCGUUGCCCCAUACAGACAAAACCCCAGUCGCGGUCAUUCUCCCACUCGGCAAGCUCCGGAUCUCGGCGCGAACUGGUGCUGCCCAAGUACUCUGCCGGCUCCUGCCCGCAACAGCAAAGCUUUCCAGGCCAUCCGCGGCUGCUUCCUCUCUCUGUCACCACCAGCUUGCCGAUGGUGCAGCAAAUGAAGAAUGAUAGGCAGUGGAAACCGCGGCGGCCUUCAGCGCAACCUACGCCGGCACAGGCCGCACCAGGAGGUUUGUCGCAGCCGCAGUUUCUCCCGCAGUCAAUACAGCAGGCAAAGAACUCCCUCACUAGUCAGGCGGCAACAGAUAGCGAUCUGCAUUCGUCGAGAGGAGCAGAGAAUUAUUCGCCUAUUCCUCUGCGGAACUUUGGCAACACAUGCUACAUGAAUUCGGUCAUACAAUGCAUCUUGCACUCUCCGUGGUUGUUCGCCAGGCUGGCUAAAGUCAACAAGGGGCGGAGGCUGUGUCCAGCGACGUCGGCCCUGUUGGAGUUGAACGGACCAAAUGUUUCUAGUUCAAGGCAGCUGCUCCUCAUCAUCAAGAAUGAGGCGGCCAAAUUCAAUGCGGAAUUUCAAUAUAAUGAACAGUCGGAUGCACAUGAGUUUCUGCGAACGCUUCUCUUUGUGGUGCACAGCGAGGUAAAUGUUAGUGGUGGGAAUAACGCCCCAUAUGAGGAGGUGGAGGAUGUUGAAGAUGAGAAGGAAGAAGCAGCCAUGCAACGCUGGCGAGAACACUUUCUUCGGAUAGAUAACUCCGUCAUAUACGAUCUAUUUGGUGGUGUGAUGCGCUCCAAGUGUGUUUGUUCUAGGUGUAAAAAGGAGUCUCUGACCUUUGACCCCUUUCUCGACCUCUCGCUUCCGAUGAUGCAGAGUGCAAAGGAGGCCAUGACGAUCGAGGCUGCGUUGAAGGCCAACUUCGAUGAUGUAGAGGAGAAGCUGCGUGGGGGCAAUCAGUUGCUCUGCGCGCGGUGUAAGGGACUACGCGAUGGGAAGCGCAGCCUGAAAAUCAAGCAAUGGCCCAAAAUUUUAGUGCUGCAUUUAAAACGGUUUAGCGACACGGGGCGGAAGAACUCGGGACCAGUCGUGUUCCCGGAGCUUUUCACGACGCAUGACUACACCCCGCAGUACCAGUUGUACGGUGUGGUGUGCCACAGUGGAUCGGAGCACUGGGGGCACUACACAAGUUACGUGCGCACCUUGUCAGGUCAAUGGUACCACUGCAAUGACGGCAGCAUAGUCCAUUCAACCGUCAUGGAGGCCACGCGGGCGUUGGCGCUGGCGUAUGUUUUAUUUUAUGCGGCGACGUAG